UGGGACGGGCAGCCACAGUGGCUGAGCAAACAGUACAAACAGCGUAUUGCUACCGCCUUGCAUCAUCUACAUACGAAAGUAUCCAGCAACAUCAUUGAUUCAGCUACAGACAACAUGGAUAUGCCAGUUAAUGUUCCCGUUGAUAACCCUAGUGCUGACACGGAAUGGAACGACAUCCUCCGUAAACAUGGUAUAAUUCCCGAGAAACCCCCCUCCCCCACCCCGAUUAUAGAAGAGGCGAUUCUGGAAGCCGCACAUCGAGAACACGAAAAUCGACUCGAGAAUAAAACAUUAGAUGAGCUUGAUGCGCUCGAAGAUGAGGAAGAAGCCGAAUUCCUUGAAAGAUACCGCAAGCAGCGCUUUGAAGAGAUUUCUCGCCUCCAAAAAUCAAAUAUUCACAACCAAGUCUACCCGAUCCAGAAACCAGACUACGCGAAGGACGUCACCGAAGCGUCGUCGAAAUAUUUCGUUCUCGUCAACCUCACCUCCUCGAGCGUUAAUAAUAUCGAGUCGCAAUUACUCGCAGAGCUAUGGCGCCAACUCGCGAUGAAAUAUGGAGAUAUAAAGUUCUGCCAGAUACGCGCGGACAUGUGUAUAGAAGGAUACCCAGACAGGAACACUCCGACGAUACUUGCCUAUAAGGAUGGAGACAUCAAAAGGCAAAUAGUUACACUUAGGGAACUCAGAGGGCCGAAAACUACUCUUGGGGAUCUUGAACAGCUCCUUGUAUCUUUAGGAGCUAUCAAUGAAAAUGACAGCCGCCUGAGAAAGGACCCUACUCCCAAAUUAGUCGAUGCCGAUGAAGAAUAUCUUGAUGACUGGGAUUGAAAUCAAUGGGAAAAAUAAAUCAUGGCAAAAGCGACGUACUUAUUUUCGUUUCCUCGGAUUCUUCAACCCGUUUUUUAAACCCCCAGGGAAGGGAAUAUCUGUUUGAAGUUACCUCUAUGAUGAUUUGUCCUUUUCAUCUUCUCAAUAUUUUCCAUAUUUGUGGUUCUAAGCUUCUGAUUUUUUGGUCAGAAAUUCAUCAGUUUUGAUGGCAGGACAUGUUAUUCUUUGUUGUGGUCUACUCUGCCUGCAAAAGAAAACCGCGCCACAACUGUCCAUUGGAUAAAUUGAGAGAAAUGCCUAGGUUCGUUUCAUCUCAUUACCUAUGUAAACUAUUUGGUUCACUAGGUAUCUACAACAUUGUGUUUGAAAGGAAACAAACAUAUAUAUACACCCCUCACGCCUUGAUUGAUCGAUCUGUGUUGUCCUCUUUCCUCGCCCUCUCCUUCAUCCUAAUUUUCAUAUAGUUGUCGAUAAACAGUUUCCUUCAUUCAAAACAGAGUUCAGGGUAUGCGUACUGCCCCUAGGUUAAAAAGUCUAUUCAGUAGUUGACAAGGUUCGAGUCACACAAUGUGCUUAUUCCGAUAUUGAUAGGAUAGCUAUAAUAUAUAUCUAAAAUAUAUCUAAAGGAUAAUUAUGUAC